AGUCGCCGAGCGGGGCUACAGCGUGCCCCCUGCCCCAGCCCCCACCCCGCCCCCCACCCUGAAAUGACUUGUUAAUCCGCGCAGACACCACCGAAGGGACUCACCGGAGUGGAAUCCAAGUGGAAUUUGGACCUGGAGAAGACUUUCUUGAACAUUCACUCCUUCCUUGUUGGUUUUUCUUUCUUUCUUUUUUCCUCUCCCCUUCUGCGCCUGUCAUUGGAGAUGAACACAGCUCGUUUGCAUCCCAGAAAGUAGUCGCCGCGACUGUUACCCCCAAAGAGACAAGCACACAUGUAGGAAUGACAAAGGCUUGCAAAGGAGAGAGCGCAGCUUGCGGCCCGGAGAGAUCUCCUCGAUAAUGGAUUACUAAAUGGGAUACUCGCUGUACCAGCGCGCUCCGAGCCCCGGCCGCCUGCCUGUCGAUGCACCGAAAAGGGUGAAGUAGAGAAAUAAAGUCUCCCCGCUGAACUACUAUGAGGUCAGAAGCCUUGCUGCUAUAUUUCACACUGCUACACUUUGCUGGGGCUGGUUUCCCAGAAGAUUCUGAACCAAUCAGUAUUUCGCAUGGCAACUAUACAAAACAGUAUCCGGUGUUUGUGGGCCACAAGCCAGGACGGAACACCACACAGAGGCACAGGCUGGACAUCCAGAUGAUUAUGAUCAUGAAUAGAACCCUCUACAUUGCUGCUAGGGACCAUAUUUAUACUGUUGAUAUGGACACCUCACACACAGAAGAAAUUUAUUGUAGCAAAAAACUGACAUGGAAAUCUAGACAGGCUGAUGUAGACACAUGCAGAAUGAAGGGGAAACAUAAGGACGAGUGUCACAACUUCAUUAAAGUUCUUCUAAAGAAAAGCGAUGAUACUCUGUUUGUCUGUGGAACUAACGCCUUCAACCCUUCCUGCAGAAACUAUAAGAUGGAUACUCUGGAACCUUUCGGGGAUGAAUUCAGUGGAAUGGCCAGAUGCCCUUAUGAUGCCAAACAUGCCAACGUUGCCCUGUUUGCAGAUGGAAAACUAUACUCAGCCACAGUGACUGACUUCCUUGCCAUUGAUGCGGUCAUUUACCGGAGUCUGGGAGACAGCCCAACCCUACGGACCGUCAAGCAUGAUUCCAAAUGGCUGAAAGAACCGUACUUUGUCCAAGCAGUGGAUUAUGGAGACUACAUCUACUUCUUCUUCAGGGAAAUAGCAGUGGAGUACAAUACCAUGGGAAAGGUAGUUUUUCCAAGAGUGGCUCAGGUUUGUAAGAAUGACAUGGGAGGGUCCCAAAGAGUCUUGGAAAAACAGUGGACGUCUUUCCUUAAGGCUCGCCUGAACUGCUCAGUUCCCGGAGACUCUCAUUUUUAUUUUAACAUACUCCAGGCAGUCACAGAUGUGAUUCGUAUUAAUGGCCGUGAUGUUGUCCUGGCAACCUUUUCCACACCUUACAACAGCAUCCCUGGGUCUGCAGUUUGUGCCUAUGACAUGCUUGACAUCGCCAAUGUGUUCACUGGGAGGUUCAAAGAACAGAAGUCUCCAGAUUCCACUUGGACACCAGUUCCUGAUGAAAGAGUGCCCAAACCCAGGCCAGGUUGCUGUGCUGGCUCAUCAUCCUUAGAAAAAUAUGCAACCUCCAAUGAGUUUCCUGAUGAUACCCUGAACUUCAUCAAAACGCACCCACUCAUGGAUGAGGCUGUGCCUUCCGUCAUCAACAGGCCAUGGUUCCUGAGGACGAUGGUCAGAUACCGCCUGACCAAAAUUGCAGUGGACAGUGCUGCUGGGCCCUAUCAGAAUCACACUGUGGUUUUCCUGGGAUCAGAGAAGGGGAUCAUCUUGAAGUUCUUGGCCAGGAUAGGAAACAGUGGUUUCCUAAAUGACAGCCUUUUCCUGGAGGAGAUGAGCGUUUACAACCCUGAAAAGUGCAGCUACGAUGGGGUAGAGGACAAGAGGAUUAUGGGCAUGCAACUAGACAAAGCCAGCAGUUCUCUGUACGUUGCAUUCUCCACCUGUGUGAUAAAGCUUCCCCUGGGCCGCUGUGAACGACACGGGAAGUGUAAAAAAACCUGUAUCGCCUCCAGAGACCCAUACUGUGGGUGGGUAAAGGAAGGAGGUUCCUGUGCCCAUCUGUCACCCAGCAGCAGACUGACUUUUGAACAGGACAUAGAACGUGGCAACACAGAUGGCCUGGGAGACUGUCACAAUUCCUUCGUGGCCCUGAAUGACAUUUCAACUCCUCUUCCAGAUCAUGAAAUGUCUUACAACACAGUAUAUGGGCACUCCAGUUCCCUCUUGCCCAGCACCACCACGUCGGAUGCAGCGGCUCAAGAGGGGUAUGAGUCUAGGGCGGGAAAGCUGGACUGGAAGGACCUGCUGCACUCACCCGACAGCACAGACUCUUUGGGGGCGGUGUCUUCCCGUAAUCACCAAGACCAGAAGGGAGUGAUUCGGGAAAGUUACCUCAAAGGCCAUGACCAGCUCGUCCCCGUCACCCUCUUGGCCAUUGCGGUCAUCCUGGCUUUUGUCAUGGGGGCCGUCUUCUCCGGCAUCAUCGUCUAUUGCGUCUGCGACCACAGGCGCAAAGACGUGUCCGCCGUGCAGCGCAAAGAGAAGGAGCUCACCCACUCGCGCCGGGGCUCCAUGAGCAGCGUCACCAAGCUCAGCGGCCUCUUUGGAGACAGCCAGUCCAAAGACCCGAAGCCGGAGGCCAUCCUCACACCACUCAUGCACAACGGCAAGCUCGCCACUCCCGGCAACACGGCCAAGAUGCUCAUCAAGGCUGAUCAGCACCACUUAGACCUGGCGGCCUUGCCCACCCCGGAGUCCACCCCAACACUGCAGCAGAAGCGGAAGCCCAGCCGCGGCAGCCGCGAGUGGGAGAGGAACCAGAACCUCAUCAAUGCGUGCACCAAGGACAUGCCCCCCAUGGGCUCCCCCGUGAUCCCCACGGACCUGCCCCUCCGGGCCUCCCCCAGCCACAUCCCCAGCGUGGUGGUCCUGCCCAUCACGCAGCAGGGCUACCCGCAUGAGUACGUGGACCAGCCCAAAAUGAGCGAGGUGGCCCAGAUGGCGCUGGAGGACCAGGCGGCCACCCUGGAGUAUAAGACCAUCAAGGAGCAUCUCAGCAGCAAGAGUCCCAACCACGGGGUGAACCUCGUGGAGAACCUGGACAGCCUGCCCCCCAAAGUCCCCCAGCGGGAGGCCUCCCUGGGCCCUCCGGGAGCCUCCCUGUCUCAGAACGGCCUGAGCAAGCGGCUGGAAAUGCACCACUCCUCCUCCUACGGCCUUGACUAUAAGAGGAGCUACCCCACGAACUCGCUCACGAGAAGCCACCAGGCCACCACUCUCAAAAGAAACAAUACUAACUGCUCCAAUUCCUCCCACCUGUCCAGAAACCAGAGCUUUGGCCGGGGAGACAACCCGCCCCCCGCCCCGCAGCGGGUGGACUCGAUCCAGGUGCACGGCGCGCCGCCCUCCGGCCAGGCCGUGACUGUUUCGCGGCAGCCCAGCCUCAACGCCUACAACUCGCUGACGAGGUCGGGGCUGAAGCGCACACCCUCGCUAAAGCCGGACGUACCCCCAAAACCCUCCUUUGCCCCCCUUUCCACAUCCAUGAAGCCCAAUGACGCGUGUACAUAAUCCCAGGGGGAGGGGUCAGGUGUCGAACCAGCGGGAAAGGCCAGGCGCGCGCUCAGCUCGGCGAGGCCCUCCACUGCCUGAGUACCCACCAGACCAAGAUGGCCGCGGCGGAGCAGAGGACGCUGGGUCCCCCUCGGGGGGCUCUGGGAAAUUGGGCCACGUGGUUUGGUGAAGGUUUGCGACGCGGGACUCACCUCCAUUCUCGGACUUCACUCUCCCCGAACACCGUGCAACAGGUCGGACUCACGAAAGACUUAAAUUAUCAUCACAAACAUGAGCCAAAAGCACAUAGCCACCCACCCCCCCCCCACACGCAUGCGCGCGCGCACCCGCGCAGGCUCU